GAAUAUGUGCGCAUGCGGAAUUAUUUGUUGUCAAGUUUGAACAUCAACAAGAAAUAUGUGAAAAUAGUCAUUCCCAGAUCUUUUAUACCUCCCCGCGAACGAAACAGCAUUACAAUGGCCACAGCUAACAGCUUUCUACAAAGUCCUGACAAGUUUUCGGGGAGUUAUCCAGGACUUGCUCAACAGUUACCACAGCUCGCCACAGAAACCGAGCUGCAAAAGUUGUUGGCUGAUGAACGAAUGCGAAGUCAGAUGCAUAGAACUCAUUAUGAGCAACUUAAAACAGAACAUCAUAGACUUCAGGAUGAAUAUGGAAAACUUGAGGAAGAAAUUAAAAAGACUAUUGAAGAAAGCAGGAUUGUACAAGAAAAAUACAAAUCAAUGUACGAACAAGGCAAAAAAGAAGUAGCCGAAUUGCAUGGUGAAUUUGAAGAGGCCAAGAGCAAAGUGGUGACUCCACAGAGAUUAGAGAUCAUUCGCAUGCAAGUUGUUGAAGAAGUGGAGAAAACAUACAAAGAACGUUAUAUGAAACAGGAAGAGGAAAUAGAAGAAUUACGUACAGCAUGCAAUAAAUUUAAAUAUGAACUGUCUUUUCUUAAAUCAGAGUAUGAGCAUGAAAGGAUAGAAUGUCAGAGAAUUUUAGAGGAAUGUAGACUAAAACAUGAAGCUGAGGUUUCGAAUUUAAGAAAAGAAAGAGAAGCAACAGUUUCAAAAAUAAAAAAGGAAACUAUUGAUGAUUCUGAGCGAGUAAGAAUUGUUCAGAGAGAAAAUGCACAGCUACAUAUGAAAUUAAAAACUUUAAAUGGAGAGUUAGAAGAAAUAAGAGCACAUAGAGAGAAACAAGGGUUUGAGACUGAAAGUCUUACUCGAGUUCAGCAAAAACAAAUAACAGAGCAUGUAGCCACUGUUAAAUCUCUUGAGGCUGAGAGGGAGUCAUUGAAGAAACAAGUUGAACAAUUACAGAGAGACUUGGCACUUACAGGUGACACACAUAACAAAUUGACAGGAAGAAUACAUGAACUGGAAAAAGACAAUGUCAUUUUAAAAAAUAAAGUGGAUGAGGCUAUCCAUAAAAAUAAAGUGGAACUUACCAAUCAAAAGAUGGACGGGUUGAAACUGAGAGGUGAACUUGAGAGAGAUCGUGACAGAUUAGCAAACAUCAUAGAGGAUUUGCAGACCAAGAUAGAAAUUUACAAGCAUACUGCAGACCAGCAAUCAAGAUCUUUACAAGACAAAGAAAGAGAUGCAGUAAGAAGAGUACAGGCAUCAAGAGAAGAAGAAUUUGUCAAAUAUGCAAAGUUGGAAAGUGAAAAAUUAGCCUUAGAGGCCAAAUUACAAGAAAAUGACAGGCGGAAAAUUGAUGAAGAAGCACAUAGACAUGCUGAAAGAGAAAAGAUGGAGGAUAGGAUAAGUGCUGCUAAUGAUGCUAAGAAUGUUGCAGAGAGAGAAGUUUUAGUAUUAAAGACCAAAGUUAGUCAUCAGCAAUCAUUGAAUGAUCAGUUGGAAAGAGAAAGAAGUGAAAAUUCAGAUUUAAAAAAUAAAAUUAAUAAGUUAGAGACUGAACUCAGCUCAUACUUGAAUAAUGAACAUGAUAUGACUGAUGAUAAUAUCAGACUUAGAAAUCAAGUAGAAUUACUUAAAGAGGAGACUAAGUUAGCUAAAGAUCAGCUAAGAAAAUUACAAGACAAUCAUGACUUAAUUUUGUCACAGCAACGAUCAUCUUAUACAGACGAGAGGACAGAGCUUGAUAACAGAGUACGAGAACUUCACGAUAAAUUAUCUCAAGUGCAGAAAAAGUACCAAAAAGCUUUGACACUUUACAAAAAGUUACGCAGUAAAAGUCAUCGUGUAGUAGAAAAUUUAAAAGAUAAACUGCAACUGACAGAAGCUAAAUAUGAACAGUUAGAUCUGGAAAAGAAAGCUUUAGAAAAAUGUGUGCCUCAAGAGAAUUACAACAAACUGAAAAAGCAAUGGAAAGAUUUAUACCGACGCCAUGCAGAGUACAGGAAAUGUCUGAUUGGUGGCGGUACUGUAUCUAAUGUACCCAUUGGGGAUAUGAUGUUUACGUCCUUUAAUGUUACACAUGAUGCUACAUUCUUACCUAAUUAUAGUUUUUCUGAAGAGGAAAGAAAACAUCAAGAUGAUUUGAGAAUUCUAAAACAGAGACUAGAAAUGGUUGAAAAUAAUCAACAACAUCAAAUUGAAGAACUCCAGGAAAUUGCUCACAGUACCUUUAAAGGAUCUUUACCUGGUUUAGAUGAUCAUGAUGGAACAUUAGAAAACAGCAAAGAGAAAAAUGACAUUGAUAAGUCUAGCUGAUACAUGCCUAUUUAUUGUUCAGAAUUUUGAUAGAAUGAUGAAAAAGUACCAUACUGAUUGACAGUUGUACUAAUUGUAUUUCAAGACAACGCACCAAUGUUGAUGUUUAGUUGGGUAUGGGUUCUUUUCUUCAACAUAGCUAAUAGUCAAUACUGAACUGAGCUCAAUGUUUUUCUGGAGGUAAUUUUCAAGACAACAUUUAAAAGUUAAUUCUUUGUAAUCAUGAAUAUACCAUGACUUUCAGUAAAUGUUAAUUGAUUUGGUAUUCUGAAUGGUGAAAGUAAAGCAUAUCUUUAUGACAAGGAAACAAUUCAAUCUACAAUUUAUUGAUAUCUUGAAAGUACUGUACGUUUAUAAUUGGAUGCUCUGUUUAGUGCUUCGUGUAUUGAAGAUGAUGAUUUCAUUGGAUCUUGGACAGUGACUUAAUAUUUGUAUUUCACUGGUUAUUAAAUUAUGUUGCUUACAAAAUCACCAAAUCAAAGAAUACUUGUAAAUGAACUUUCAACUCAUAAAGAAGCAUAAAGAUUUAUUUCAUGAAGCUUUGAAACCUACCUAGUAACUUUUCCAUCAUACUACACCAUAACACGUCUGUAUUUACCUGUGAUAUUUUUGAUAUUUUACUUCUUAGGUUGUAUGUUAUACUCAACAUAGAUACAUGUACCUGUGUAUUGAUUUUACCUCAUUGUUAGGGUGUAUAAUGUCAUACAUGUAUAUUCAUAUACAUCUACACAACUUUUAUCUCGUCAUUGUUGUUUUAAUGUGUUUUUUAGUUCCUGUUUCCUUUCAUCCUGUUUGUGCCACAAUGUAGAACAUACUAUUGGAUUAAUUGUUUAAUUGUUGAAAACUUGUCUCUUCCAUACUAUGCAUGAAAUAUACAUAUAUAUAUACAUGAAAAUGAAAUUUGGCAAACAACAAUCUUGAUUUAAAUUACAUCUAUGGGUUAAAUAGAAACUUCCUCAAAACAAUACAUUAUUUUAACUGUGAUGACUCCAUAAUUAAUUUAUCCAAGUAAAUAUAGGAAAAUAGGAAACAUAAAAUAAUGUUACUUUAAGAUCAUAGUGUCAUAUCACUCACUUUCUCUGUUGCACUCUAACCAAUACUUAUCCUCAUAAGUUAAUUCCUGAUGUAAUAUAAAUAUUUUUGUAUAGUUUCAUCGUAUUUCAUUAUAUUUUCUUACUGUUAAUUCCACAUUGUCUAAUCAGUUGUGCUAUUCCUUAAAUUAAUUCUAUGUGCAUUCUAAGUCAGCAUUUUAAAAUGUAUUUGCUAUUUUAUGAUUUGUAUAUUAACUUAUUAAAUUAUAUAUUUGCAUAUAAAAUAUCCAAUAAAUAACAAAUAUAAAUAUUA